UCGGCAGAUACACAUACGCCGCAACAUGGCAGCAACCGUGCAUAGACUCAUCUCACCAGUAGUUUGCAGUGGCGUGAUACUAUUCGCGCUCAGCUUUGCAAAGGGUGAAUUUGCCAUACAGUUUGGCGAAUCGUUCAAAGCGUGCCCGGACGCGAUGGACAGUGAGCUGAUGCUCGAUCUGUCCGAGCUGCAGGUCAUACCGGACGAAAAUGACAGCAUGGUACUGAACGGUAUGGUGCGCCUGAACCGUGCGCUAGAAAGUCCCGUCGAGAUCAACGUGUACACCAAGCGGCUGGAGCAGGGCACCUGGAACGAUGCGCUGCUGGGCCGCAAGGUGCUGGACCUAUGCCCGCUGCUGCAGGUCAGCACGGAACCGUGGUUUGUCAUCACCAGCAUGAUGGAGAAAAAGGGCUGCCCAUUCCCGGAGGGGCACACGGAAUCGUUUGCGAUGCUACCGGUCGGUGACUUUGGCAUUGAGAUACCGCCAGAUUUCGUGGGCGACUGGAAGGCGUUCUUCGAGAUCACGUCGCAGGCCAAGAUGUCCUGCCUGAUGACGGAGUUUAGCAUCGUCGAGGUGUAGAGUUGGAAAAUAUUUUCCAUUGACAAAGAUCUUCAGCUGUGGCAGAAUGAAUGCUGGGAAAAAGGCAUCAGAUCAGUUCUAAUAAAAACCAUCAAAACCCUCUUCUUGCGAGACGAUGCUUGAGAUGUCUUGCAGAAUUUAAAA